AGAAGCCCACGUGUGGCGUUUCUGCUUUCACCGGCGUGGGUCAGACCAUUGGUCCCUGCCUCCUCCAGGAGGGCCUGCCUGAUGCCACCGCUGGUGUGGGGGAUGCAGACUGAGCACUGGGACAGGGAUGGUGCCCAGAGAAAGAGCCAGGCGUGUCCGAGGCAGCGGGGUCCCGGAUCCUGUUUCAUACCAGGUUACAGCCCGCCAAAGUGAGGGGCCAGCCAGGCCUGGGACCCCCGAGCACCCCGUUGCCCCACAGUGCCCGGCUUUGCUCAAGAAAUCCCAGGCCAAAGAUGCCUGCAGCCCACCAAAUGCCACCCCAGGGCUCUGGGUCCAGCUCAGCCCCCAGGAGUCUGGGAGCACCUUUGGUCCUGCUGCUAGGAGUCCCAGACCAAGCAUAGAACCGUUGAUGGAGCCCCCACCAUGCUCAGACAGGAUUCUGCCUCAGUUUCCCUGCCUCACACUCCAGCUCACCAUGGUCCUCAGAACUCUGCCCUGGACCUCACCCACUCCCCGGGCCCUGGGCCGUGCCUGCACUGUGCUGGUCUCCUCACGGGGACGCCACGCCCAGCUGCUGUUCUUCCCGGUGCUAACUGGGUCCUUUGUAGACAAACAACCAUCCCUAACCGUACUGCGGUCGCCCCAGACCUCCACUGAUUUCUCACAUCUGCACCAACCGGAACCCCACCCUCCCACCCUGGCCAUGCCCUCAUUGUCUUCUUUCUCCGGAGCCUCUUGGCUGGAGUAGCUGGCCCACCUUUCUCUCCUUACUGCUCCCUCAUCCUCACGGACGCUCCUGUCAUGUUCAAGAUGAUGUGACAACCAGCAGACAGAGCAUCUCUGUGGCUGGAAGGUUGAGGUCAUUUCAUGACAGCCUCUCCGAAGACAUCCCAGUCACAGAUGUGCUGCCAUGUGCUUAGCUGGCCUGCCUGACCUUUGUCCCUUGGAAUUUCUGCACGUCGGGGGCCCUGGGUUCCCUCUGCCCCAGGCCGCCCUCAGAGACACGGGAGCCAAGCUCACUGCCUGGCCCUCCUCGGAGCUUCUUUCCCUGAUCCCCUAGUAGACACCGUGGCUCCGUCUCCCCCAUCACCGCAAGCCAAGGUCUGCUGUCCAUUCUAAUUGAUUUUUCCAGACAGUUGAACACACACCAGUAGGCACUGGACUUUCUACUUGAACCAUCUGGGAUGAAGAGAAACCUUUCCAAACCACACUGUAUUGCUCCCCACCUCCUGGAACGGAUAAGAGCAGACUAAAUAAAGCCUUUUCUCAGGACCACUAAGUAACUAUUAGUUUUUGAGCCACUGUGAAAGUGUUUUUAAUAGCUCUCACUGCAGGGAAAUACAGAGAAAUGAAAAGAAAAAACGAAGGGUCCCGGCUGAUAUCUUACCAGCUAGCGGCAAUGACUAAUGAUUUUGCGUUGUAUAACUUUCUGGACUUUUUCCUAAGCAAACACACUUUACCAGUUUGGGACGCAAAUUCAGUCCCUCUUAUUUAUUCAGUAAUUGCUGGCGCGGCAUAUGUUCAUAGGAACAGGAAGCCUCACUCCACACCCACUGUUACAUACCUAACCCCUCUGCCCCAAGGAAUCUGGGAGCCCUAGGUCCUGGGGCAGUCAUUCUGAUUGCAAACGGCAGUUGGAGAGAAUGGAACACCCUGAGGUCCCGGCUCCCACAGCUGUGGCGUAGCGCAUGGUAUUGCUAUGGAAACGGCCUUGCAAAGCCUGCUGGGAUCAUGCCUCGCUGGGCCUGCCCCUCGCCCAGAGUCAGGCUCCAAGGUUAGCUGAUAUCUCACACGUCCAAGUUCAGCCAUGUUCUCAAGAAAAAGAAGCUGAUAACACCGUGUAUUAAAAAGAAAGAAAAACGUUCUGACCUACCAGGCUGCCGUCCACCCAUUCUCCAGGUGCAAACGUUGAGGUCGUUCACUUCUCGAAGAGAUCACCAGCCUCCAGCACCAAAAUUCAUCACACUGCAGUUUUCCCAGGAAUUCUCCUCUGGCCCCAACCCCCCA